ACUUGUGAAUAAACGACAAAUCGUUGAGCUAAGAUGGCGCUGUCAUGAGGCUUACGCUCUGCCAUAUUAGCUGUUACUCAACCUUUUCUUAUACGGAAAACGUUUCCUACGUUUGUACAUAGCACUUUCACAUAACAAAAUAGGGAUUUAUUCAAACUUCCAUCUAAGAAUUUUGCCUCUUAGUCGCAAAUUUUUUCUUAGUACGAUAUCAUUAGUAAGGAAGAAGACAAAUGUGCGAUGGGUCGGACCAGGUCGUUUCGGUUGUAUUUUUCUGAAUUUUAUUCAGAGUGGUGUGUCUGACUGCACUUUAUCAAAUUAUAUUCGAGAGUUUGAUGAAGACAUUAUAUACCACUCAUUAACUUCAGAAUUAAAAGCUCCCUAUCUUGACGGCAUUUAUCUGUGAUUAACCAACCAACCUCAAAAAUGGUUCGAAAAGACGUCAGGAUUUUAUUAGUCGGAGAUCUUUCUGUGGGAAAGACAUCUCUAAUUCUUUCCCUAGUUAGUGAAGAAUUUCCAGAAGAGGUGCCAGCAAAAGCAGAGGAGAUUACUAUUCCUGCUGAUGUUACACCAGAACGGGUUCCCACUCACAUAGUUGACUUUUCAGCUCAAGAACAAGAUGAGAAUGCUCUAUCUAAUGAAAUACAAAAGGCAAAUGUUGUCUGUAUUGUUUAUUCAGUAGAAGAUGAAGAUACUAUAGAAAGAAUCACAAACCACUGGUUACCAUAUAUUAGAAACAUAUUAGGAGAAAGUCAUAAAACACCGAUUAUUUUAGUUGGAAAUAAAGUUGAUCUCAUGGAAUACACUAAUAUGGAGGGUAUAUUACCUAUCAUGAAUGAUUUUGCUGAGAUAGAAACUUGUAUUGAGUGUUCUGCUAAAACUAUGAAAAAUAUUAGUGAAUUAUUUUACUAUGCUCAAAAGGCUGUUCUCCAUCCUACUGCUCCAGUGUAUAAUGCUGAAGAGAAAGAGCUCACACCAGCUUGUAAAAAAAGUUUAACAAGAUUAUUCCGGAUCUGUGACAUGGAUAAUGAUAGUUUACUUAAUGAUAGUGAAGUAAACCUUUUUCAGAAAAAAUGCUUCAAUGCUCCACUACAUCCGCAAGCUUUGGAAGACGUGAAAGCAAUUGUCAAGAGAAACAUUACAGAUGGCAUUGUGAAUGAUUCUUUAACAUUGAAAGGUUUCCUUUUUCUUCACACAUUGUUUAUACAAAGAGGUCGGCAUGAAACAACAUGGACUGUACUAAGAACAUUUGGAUAUGAUGAUAAUCUUAUGCUUACCAAGGAAUUCUUGUGUCCAAAGAUUCCUGUUCCUCAGGGUUCAACGCCAGAAUUAACGCCACAAGGUUAUGAAUUUCUUACAGCAGUUUUUGAAAAGUAUGAUGAGGACAAUGAUGGCUGCUUAUCAGCUACAGAAAUCCAAAAUUUAUUCAGUACUAGUCCUAUUAACCCUUGGGGUCCAGAUGUAAACAAUACAGUGUGUACUAACUGUGAAAAUUGGAUCAAUUUAAAUGGAUAUCUUGCUCAGUGGACGUUGACUACAUUAUUGGACCAUCCAAGAACUAUUGAAUAUCUUGCAUAUUUAGGUUACCAUUAUUAUUUUGACAAUCAACUGUCAGCUAUUCAAGUUACAAGAGAUAAGAAAAUAGAUUUAGAAAAGAAACAGACUGCUAGAAAUGUAUUUCAAUGUUAUGUAAUUGGUGCAAAGCAUUCUGGAAAGACAUCAUUCCUACAAGGUCAUUUGGGACGAAAUUUGCGUUAUGUUGCCACCAUAAACAAAGAACAUUUUUCUUCAUUCACAAUAAAUACAGUCCAAGUUUAUGGACAAGAAAAGUAUCUGCUGCUCCAUGAAGUUGAUGUGUCGCUGUGCGACAUGCUAACACCAACAGAAAUCAAUUGUGAUGUUGCCUGCCUUAUUUAUGAUGUCACUAAGCCAAAGUCAUUUGAAUAUGCUGCUAAGAUGUUCUUGAAAUAUUUUUUCGAUACCCGUAUACCUGUAUUGUUUGUUGCUUGCAAAGCUGAACACCGAGAAGUAAUACAAGACUUUGAGAUGACACCAAUUCAGUUUUGUACUAAGUACAAAUUACCACCACCACAGUACUUUACUUGUAUCGAUAAAAUAAACAAAGACAUUUACGUGAAAUUAGCUACAAUGGCUGCUUAUCCCAACCUCAAACGUUUGGUGCACAUGCUGCUGGUCCAUCAGCGAUCAAUCUGGUUGGAGGAAAAACUGAGUGCAUCUCGUUUGGAAAUUUGGCUUCCUUUCCACCUGUAUUCUCAAAAAUACUUGAAAAACAUCUACAACAAGGAUAAGAAGUUGUUUAUAAAGGCAGCUAUUGGUCUGGCUGUGGCAACUGGUUUUGGAUUCAUAACAUAUAGAAUAAUCCGUGCCCUUCGAUAGGGACUGACUUUGCCUUGCCAUUUUUUUUCUUUUUAAAAUUUGUAGAUGGUAACGCGAGAAAGAAUACCUGCUCAAAAACUAGAAAAGAAAAGAACACUCAGCAUUUUUAAAAAUGUUAUAUCCAAGUUUCUUUUCUAUGUUAAUCUGCAGGGUAUUAGAGAGUGCCUCUACAAAUUUUGAUAUUUUCAUAAUAUGAGUUGUUGAAGUAAUGUUUUCUACACCUCAACUUCUGUUAUUUCUAACAUUCAAACCAAUAGUGAAGUAGUAAUGGGUCCUUUUUUUUUUUUAAAUAAAGUUGACUGGAGCAAGUGAGAUAAUAUGUGCUGUAUAUAAACUUAUUUCAGUUGAUUUAAAUUUGACAAAACAAAAGCAUGUCACCUUUUUCACUGAAUGUUUAGUGACAGAAAAGGUAUCUAGUUUUAAAGACACUUGUUUUAAACAUUGUGUGUGUGUGCGUGCAUAUGUGUAUGUAAGUGUGCAUUCAUGCAUGAAAAGUAAAUUUGCAGAAUUAUGUAACUCAUGCUAUCUUAGGGAAGAAAGCAAAAAAAAAUGGAUGUAAAAAGACAUAUGAUAAUAAUGAAAUUAAAAUUAAUAAAAUAAUAUGCAAAA